AUGGCCCUGCGGCGACCGCUCCGUAGCGUCAUCGGGACGUCCCUCGUCGUCUGGCGGUUGCUAUUGGUGACGGUUCUGCUCUGUGGAUUACCCAGCCCGGUUACCGGCUACUUCGAUCUCUUUCUCAACCACUCGGAAGUGAUCAAACUGAUGGGUAUCGAGGCCGAUCUUUUUUACGUUCGCGAUGGUGCCGUCAAUGACUACGCCAUGAGUUUCGUAGUACCGAUGAAGCCAGGCAUUGAUUUUUUACGGUUUUCAUGGCAAAGUCGUACGGCGUAUCCGCUUCCUUACACGAUAUCGGUCCACUACGAUGACAACGAAGGGGCGGUACAGCAUCCGGAGCUCGACAUUCCGACCAGCGGCAUUAUACCGCGCACGGUCGAAAGCUUCACGGUGCAUCUCGUCUGCUGGGGGAAUGUCACCAAGGAGGUACCGGUCGGUAUUCAUCUGCACGUCGAGGGACCACCGAAGCAUAAUGACACCAAAUUGAUCAUCAAGCGGAACAAAAUUUGCAUCAAAGGUAUGCAUCCGGCAAGGAAUCGUUUACCGGCGGCCGAAAUAGCACCGCAGCAAGGACCAGCCCUGCUAGGUGCGGCCGCCUGUGCGCUGGGCCUUGUGCUGGUGGUGGGUCUCAUUGCCAGUGCCAUGUACGUACGUGCACGGAAGCAAAUUCGGCAGGAUUCGUUGCACACAAGCUUCACCACUGCAGCAUACGGUAGCCAUCAGAAUGUUUUCAUCCGGCUGGAUCCCUUGGGACGCCCGCCUAGUGCUAACAGUGGUUCCUACGCAACGAUAGCGAGCCUCAACAAAUAUCCCAUCAGCGAAUCGAAAAAGUCGUGGUUUCGCAGCACCCCUUCGCCAUCGCCGUACGCGACAGCUCUGCUGCCCCUAGGGCAAAACGGUACCGCAACGGGGACGGAAUCGGUCUACGCCAAGCCAGAAUCGGUCUGUCCAUCCCGGGUGUCCUACUACGCUUCAUCCCAGCUAACUCAGGUCUACAGCCUAUCGACGCCAGCGCGAAGCAUCCACAGCAACAGCUCGAACCCGAAGGACAAGCUGCGCCGGAUUGCCGUGUCCCCGGGCACCAUCAUCUGCCAGCAGCUCGUCCAGGAGGGCACGUACGGGCGUAUCUACAGCGGCAUCCUACAUCAUCCGCUGGGCGAAACGCGUGACGUGCUGAUCAAAACCGUGGUCGACGGUGCCUCGCUAAGCCAGGUGGCUUAUCUACUGUCGGAAGGAUCCACCCUGUGUGGCAUCUCUCACCCGAACAUCCUGUUCCCGGUGGCAGCAGUGACCGAGCUAUCGGGGCCACCAAAAGUCGCCUACCCGUUGGCGGCCAAAGGAAACCUCAAACUAUACCUGCAAAGCUGCCGGGAGAUCGGAAUACAAAAUUCGCAGCUCAGCACCCGACAGCUGGUGGAGUUCGGUCUGCAAGUAGCCCGUGGCAUCUCGCACCUACACUCGCUCGGCAUACUGCACAAGGACAUCGCGACCAGGAACUGUGUGCUAGACGUGGAGCUGAACGUUCGUGUUUGUGAUAAUGCUCUGUCGCGUGACGUCUUCCCGAGCGACUACCACUGUCUGGGGGACAACGAGAACCGGCCCGUCAAAUGGAUGGCGCUGGAAACGCUCGAGAAGAAGUUCUUCACCGCAUCCAGCGACAUCUGGAGCCUUGGGGUGCUGCUCUGGGAGCUGGCAACGCUAGCCGCGAUGCCAUUCGAGGAGGUGGACUGUUUCGAAUUAUCGGCUUACCUACGGGAUGGCUAUCGGUUAGCACAACCGGUCAACUGUCCGGAUGAGUUCUAUACGGUAAUGUCCUGUUGCUGGCUCGCGGACUACAAGCAGCGUCCAUCGUUCCCCCAGCUAAUUGCCUAUUUGCACGAUUUUCAUGACGACCUGGGCAAGUACAUCUAAGGGUGUGGCACCCUUCCCAACAAUACCGACACGGCUGCAUUUCACGGUUACCCCCCCAUCGGAACGUCUCAGAGUGCCUCAGAUCGAUCGAGAGGAGAGCCAGAAAAAACACAUUCAGGGAGAGUCCUGAAGCUCUGGCGAAUUUCCGUUCGUCUGACAUGCAUGCGGAGACAUUCAGCCUCAAACACAGGACGCCGGCACCAUGAGUGUGUGUGAGUUUGAGUGUCCUUUUUUACCACCAGCACACCAUUUAGCGCAUAAAAUCUGUGAAACGUGACAAAAUUGUAGUCGAUCGCAGACAAGCGCAACAUGUCGACCGAUAGCAACUGGUUUCGCAAUGCCACCGAUCAAAAGGAACGCAUCGGAAUGGAGUAGCAAUGGUUAAAGGUAUGGUAACUGACAAAAAAAGCACAAAAAAACUGGAGGACAUUCAUUCACAUCACGAUUGCAGCGUUCAAAAGAACCGUUCCUGUACAGCCGGUGGAAAUAGAGAGAAAAACGAAUGGCAAAAACGAGGGCAAUGAAACCAAAAAAAAAAGAAAACCAUUAAACCAAAACCAUUGAGUGAAAUGACGGGUGUAUCGAUAUAUUGCACCGCGAGAACAUCGACGUCCAGGCGCAUACAAAAAACCCAAAUUGCACGCACAGGUGCUUGAGUGCUUGAAUAGAUGUACGUUUGAGUGUAGUUAUUGUACUCGAUUAACAAAAAAAUAGAUUAAGUAAGCGUAACAAACAAACACGUCGUUAUACAUGUUGUUCACAAGGGAAGAAUACAGAAGUUGCGAAGGAUAGCAAAGGUAACACACGCACACACAAAAAAAAGGAACAUAAAUCAAGCGUAGAAGUAGUGGAAGUGGAACCAGUGAAGCGAAAUAAAACUACUAUCAAAAGAGAAUGAGUGAUAAAUCAAAAGCGAAGAGGAAAAGUAGUAUAACCGCCGGGAGUGCAAUUCAGAAAGUCAUAACGAAUAUAAAUGCGACGGGCAGCAUGAAAAUCAAAACAUGAAACCAAAACAACGCACCAAGCGAACAAAGCCACAAAACGCGUAGACAAACAAACACAAAAGCUGGUAGCAAAAACUAUUAUAAUGAAAACACAAAACACAGUUGAAACAGAUAAAACACAUCUAAAAAGUGUAGUAAAACAAAUCGUAACAAAAAAAAAGAAGGAAAACCACGAAGCGGAAAGCGAACAAAACAACCAAAUUGAGUGAAUAUACACAUGUUUUGUACAUAUAUUUUGUUACGUACGGUUACAUUUUGUACAAGUGUAAAGCAAAAAACGAAGUGAACAAUUCACACACAUUAGGACACGUCAAACACAUACGGCGUCGUCCCAACGCGAUACGUACAGG